ACCCUGAGCCGGGGCGGAGGGGAGCGCGAGGGGCCGGGGACGCGCGGCAGGAGGGAGCCCAUGUGCGGUGGGGGCGGCACCACCCCUGGCCGGUCUCCGCCCGCAGAAGCGCCGCCAGGAGGCACCUCAGUCGGGUCCCGCCUCCGCCGAGCCGGCUCCGGGGCCGCCGAGUGAAGGUGAAGGGAGAAGAGGAGGCCGGCGAGGGCUGGCCGGCGAGGCGGAGGCAGCAUGAAGUUCGCCGAGCACCUCUCCGCGCACAUCACCCCGGAGUGGCGGAAGCAGUACAUCCAGUAUGAGGCUUUUAAGGAGAUGCUGUAUGCAGCUCAGGACCAGGCUCCUUCUAUAGAAGUCACAGACGAAGACACAGUGAAGAGAUAUUUUGCCAAGUUUGAAGAGAAAUUCUUCCAAACCUGUGAGAAGGAACUUGCCAAAAUUAACACUUUUUAUUCAGAAAAGCUUGCAGAAGCUCAGCGUAGGUUUGCUACACUACAGAAUGAGUUACAGUCAACUUUGGAUGCACAGAAAGAAAACAGCGGUCUUACCGCACUGCGGCAGCGUAAAAAGCCGGUCUUCCACCUGUCCCAUGAGGAGCGUGUUCAGCAUAGGAACAUCAGAGACCUGAAACUGGCCUUCAGUGAGUUCUACCUCAGCCUCAUCCUGCUGCAGAACUAUCAGAAUCUGAAUUUCACCGGAUUCCGUAAGAUCCUGAAGAAACAUGACAAGAUCCUGGAGACACCCCGAGGUGCGGAUUGGAGAGUGGCGCACGUUGAAGUGGCACCAUUCUACACCUGCAAGAAAAUCAAUCAGCUCAUCUCUGAAACGGAGACGGUGGUGACAAAUGAAUUGGAAGAUGGAGAUCGACAGAAAGCCAUGAAGCGGUUACGUGUCCCACCUCUGGGAGCAGCUCAGCCUGCCCCAGCCUGGACCACCUUCAGAGUUGGGCUGUUCUGUGGGAUAUUCAUUGUGUUGACCGUUACCCUCAUAAUUUCAGGUGUGUUCAAUAUGGAAGGAACAAAUGUGUGGCCACUCAUAAGAAUCUAUCGAGGUGGUUUUCUCCUGAUAGAAUUCCUCUUUCUCCUCGGCAUAAACACGUAUGGCUGGAGGCAAGCUGGUGUGAAUCAUGUCCUCAUCUUUGAACUCAACCCCCGCAGUAACUUGUCCCAUCAGCAUCUUUUUGAGAUUGCUGGAUUCCUUGGGACAUUGUGGUGCCUGAGCCUACUGGCAUGUAUAUAUGGUAAAACCACCCCAAUUCUUAUGCAGAUGAACCCACUUAUCCUGUAUGGAUUCAUGUUGCUGUUUCUCAUUAAUCCCACCAAAACCUUGUACUACAAGUCGCGUUUUUGGCUGCUCAAACUCUUGUUUCGGGUGUUCACAGCCCCUUUCCAUAAGGUGGGCUUCGCGGAUUUCUGGCUGGCUGAUCAGCUUAACAGUCUGGCUGUGAUUCUCAUGGACCUGGAAUACAUGAUCUGUUUUUACAGCUUUGAGCUCAACUGGGGGGACAAGUUGGCAGAUCCAGCUCCUAAGUUUUGCAACUCCUAUGCCUAUGGUGUGCGAGCAGUUGUUCAAUGCAUUCCUGCUUGGUUGAGAUUCGUCCAGUGCCUGCGCCGAUACCGUGAUACCAAACGGGCCUUUCCCCACCUGGUUAAUGCUGGCAAAUAUUCCACUACCUUCUUCAUGGUGACAUUUGCAGCCCUUUACAGCACUCACAAAGAUCAAAAACACAUCGACCACCGAGUGUUCCUCUACCUGUGGAUCGUCUUCUAUUUUAUCAGCUCCUGCUACACUCUUAUCUGGGACUUGAAGAUGGACUGGGGUCUCUUUGACAAGAAUGCUGGUGAAAACACCUUCUUGCGAGAGGAGAUUGUCUACCCACAAAAGGCCUACUACUAUUGUGCCAUUGUUGAGGAUGUGAUAUUGCGUUUCACAUGGACUAUCCAGGUCUCCCUUACCACCAUGGAGAUUUCUCCAUAUGCCUCAGACAUCAUUACCACUGUGUUUGCACCACUUGAAGUUUUCAGGCGGUUUGUGUGGAAUUUCUUCCGACUGGAGAACGAGCAUCUGAACAACUGUGGCGAGUUCCGUGCCGUCCGGGACAUUUCCGUGGCACCACUGAAUGCGGACGAUCAGACGCUGCUUGAGCAGAUGAUGGACCAGGAGGAUGGUGUCCGAAACCGCCAGAAAAACCGGGCAUGGAAACGUAGCCAGAGUGUGUCCUUGCACCGACCCCGUCUUGCUUCACAGUCCAAGGCUCGAGACACCAAGGUGUUAAUAGAAGACACAGAUGAUGAAGCCAACACAUGAAACGUCCGCAGAGCCUAGUUCCACAUCCUUUGUUCCCUCUUGCUUUACUACCCUCCCCCCAACCAAUCCAACCUCUGGUACAGUUGCAGCUGAAUACAGGAGAAAAAUCUGAACACACUUUCUGAGCUCUUCCGGACCGGAUCCUAUGGACUCCAACAAGCUCACUGUGUUUUCUUUUAUUUUCUUCUGGUUUUUAAUUUGAUUUCUCGUUUUUGUUUUUUUCAAAUUAAAAAAAAAACCAACAACUUCGUUUUUGCCAAUCAGAGGGACACUUUAAGGAAGGAACUGUCUUAAAGAUUGUUUACAAUCUCAACAAGGACAAAUAAUCUGGAUGAAGAACAAGCAUCGCCGUAGGGACUCCCUAAUGGGACUCUGCCGAGAACUCACUCAGUCUCUGCUCAGUCCAGUUUUGACUGGUUGAAACUGGACCUGCGUUUUUAACUCUGGCUCGUUCUCUCUCUCUCUCUCUCUCUCUCUCUUUCUCUCUUCGUUGGUUUUUUCCUUCAUAUCUAGCGCCAAGGCACUUGCUGCACUUGCCGGAAAAGUGCACUUAGAGCAGUACCUUCAUUCACGAAGCUACUUUUUAAUUUGAUGUAACUUUCUUAUAACUUUUUGAAAAUAUGACAUAUUUGUUGCACAUAGUUUUCACCAUUAUUUAUGAUAGUUAACAAUCAAUUCAAGAAAGGUUUGAAGUCCUGUGCAAUGAAAGUGGUAACUCUCUAAAGACAAGGCAAGUGGUGGGGAGGGAAGGAGACGUAGAUCCUGGAUCACUCUUGUGAGGUUAAGCCUAUUGAAAUACCUCUUUGAUGAGAGAACUUGCACUGGUUUGACCUGGCAUUUCCCCCCCCCCUUUUAUUUUAAGCCAAAGUUUCUCUGAUGGGUUUUGCUUGCUGCUGGUAGCCCUCCAGGAACCUGGGCACCCUUUUAGCCGGCUCAUCCUUGUUGUCCGUUUCUUUUUCUCUCUCUUUUUUAUAACGUGGCUGUGCGGAAAUAAUAUCGAUGACCUUUUAGAUUUCUGGUGGAGAAAGGUUAGUUCCAGCUAAGCCUGUGCAGGCCUCCAGACACCCAGACGAAAACAGAGCCUUAGUUUGAUGGUGGAGAAUGGCUUUCAUUCUAACGAGCUGAGUCUCUAGGGCAUUAUCUAUCCGUUUCUAAAUAGGGAGUUACUGCAUUGUUCCAUUCACUUCAGCUAGAUCAUCCGUGAACACCUUGGAAGUAAGCGAGGGAAUGGUCUGCUUUGUUCGAGGGUUAUUAGGUGGUGCGUCCAGCAGCCCAUUUGGCGGCCUGGCAGACCCUCCAGAGUUUGUCAUUUAGAUAACUUCGAUGUUAUGUAGAUUCUAAAAGACUGAGGAAGUUGGUAUUGCAAUAGAAAGGGCUUUUUACUGCUUUUUUUUAAAACACAAAAACAAAGAAAAACUUUUGCCUAACUUUGGCAAAGACUUGUCUGACAAUCACUGGCCAAGGACAUCCUCAGGUUCGCUUUUGUUUCCUUUUUUUAAAAAACAAAGCACCUCUCUCUCCCCUCUCCUACACCGAUCCUAAUUUCCAGUUUAGUGCUAGGUCUGUCUUUUACAAGACUUCCAAUUGGACUUAAGAUAGGCAAAACGGCUGUACAGUUUUAGCAAAUUCAGUAGGGAAAAGAAGUGGCAAUUUAAAAAUCACAGAGCCUGUAGGACAGGACAGCCACACGAAUGUUGAAGGUGCCCAUACCCACUCCGCCCCUCACUCACCCUGCCUAGUCGCAAGCCUGCAUUGUGUGUGCUAAGCAUUUGUGCUUAACGUUAGCAAAUGAAAUCUUGUUUGUGCUCUGUUACACAGUGUGUGCGUGUGUGAAGUUGACACCAUAUACUAGGGGAAAUGAGUUCAGUUUUCCUUAACUUGGUCUCUAAUCCAGGAUUUGGUUUUGCAGAAAGGACUGCAGUGUCUUUUAAAAUCCUUUUUCAGGUUGCAGUUUGUUGCUGGUUCCUUUCUCUCAAGGAGCCCUCUUGGGUCUGCCAUCAGAGGCACCCUUUGAAACAAAGGAUUCUUCUUCCCCUUGUCUUAUAAUUGGAUCCUACUCAAUUAGUUAUUCCCCACCUAUCUUCCCAGGCCAUUCAAAAGACUUAUUCUAUGGGGCUUGUGUGUAUGUAUGUAUAUUUUGUUUCUUAAAUAAUAUGCAUAAUGUGCCUCUAGCCCAGAGGAACUGAAGGAAACCUACCUUAUUUGAUUCUGAACAACAACAGAAGAAUUCAAAGUUAAAGAGUGACUGCAAGUUGAGGUCUCUUUUUAGGCAAGAGAUUCAGAAAGUGAACCUUGGGCUCACUAGUAAUGUGUUAGAGCUUGUUGGGAUGCUGUACACUGGUGGCACAUUGUUCUGGUCAAACCACUAAGCUUUUAACACUGUGGAAAGAUAAUGGCAUAUUGCUAGUAAUAAGAGUAUUGGGAGUUACGUGGUAUUAGUCCUUUCUGACCAGAGCCACUUAGUAUUCCUAAGGCAGGCUGUUCCAAUAUCUAAAUAAUAGACUAAUAGAGAACCCCACACAUCCGUCCUCCUUGGAUAUCCCGCCACAGGCAUGCAUUGUUUGCUUGGACAAGAACAGACGCAUCUGUGGCAUGACAUGAAGAGACCCUUGACAGAUGUUUUUUUGGGAGGAGGGUUGUUCCAUUUCUCAUUCUGCAGUCCUAAGGUUUUGUUUUUUGAUUCAUGGAAUUGCAGGGUUUUGCGAGCAGCGUUACCCAUGACUCUUGAAGAAUUAAUUGCAUCUGCCUGUAAAUUUAAUAAGACGAGGUGAAAGGAGCAUUGACCUUACCAUGGGGUGCCAGUCAGUUGAAGUCAUGUGUCACCUGCAACUUCUUCCAGCCCAAAGUAUUCUAUGGUGGUUACUCUCAUUUAAGUUGCACAAAAGAAUGUGACAAAACUAGGAUUGGCCAGAAUGAAUAUCCUGACAUUAAAAAGUCCUACCAUCCAAUGAAUUCUGGCAGGAUAAAGAGAAGGGACUAAGACUGGAGUCAGAGUUGAAAAUGGCAUGUGAGAGUGACUGCCGUUUUGGUGUGCCUGAGAGGGGGGGGGGGUUGUUUUGUUUUGGUCCCACCUGGCCCUUUCUGGUCAACAGGUUUUGAAGCACUAUAGAAACCCUGUGCAUGAGGGGCAAUAAGGAGAGAAUUACGCAUAGUCAACAGCAGGCCCUGUUUCAUAACGCCAUCAACAUUCUGCAAAAAACUAUUGUCUGUCUCCAGUCCAUGAAAUUCAUUUUCUACAAGUGGACACGCUGCUAGGUUCAGAUACUGUGUCUCAGGAAAGUCCAACUGGCUAUAUAUUAUCCAUGUUUUGGAUAGAGAAGAGUAUUCUGCCCUCUCCAACAAUGAUCAACAUUCUAGAACAAAGCAAAAAUAUCCCCAAAUCAUUGUCAACAUGUUGGUGUGGAAGAUCUUACGAAACACACCAAACUUUAGGAGGCAGCUCUCUCCAAUGAAUGAGUUGCUUUGCAAUGUUGAAUAUUCUUGUCUUGAGAGCCAAUGUGGCCAUUCAGAAGAAUGGGAAUUACAGUGUCAAGUGUUUUUUGUUUUGCAUGUUAUGGAUGAAAAUGGAAUUUGUGGGUUUCGCUAAAGUAGAGAUUUGUGUGAUCCAGAGUUCAUCUCAAGUACACCAAUUUUACUGAUGAUGAGUGUUCCAGAUUCAGAAACGACUUUUCAAGACUGUUCCUUUAAUGUGUACACUUCCUGUGUUUCUGUCAUUACCCUGUUCUUAAACAAGGUAUCUUGGGAAGCUGCAUGGUUCUCAUAGGGGGUGGUCAAUGCAGAAUGGGAGUCCGCUAUAUAGUGACUACUAAUAUCAAGAAAAGGUAACGUUUUCUGAAUUCAGGGUACACACACACACACAAAAAAAACCUUCACAGAACACUGCACCAUUCUUCCCAAAACGAAAACCGGGAAAAAUGUGAUUUUUAAAAUGAUUUUUUUAGAGAUGGACAAUGGAUUGUUACUUGUGAUAUGUACACACACCCAGUUUCACAUCAGGCAAAUAAGGUGUUGCUGGUUUUUCUAUUAUUUCAAAAACAUGUAAAACCUGAUUGCCCCACAGGUGACAAAAAUACAGUGUAUGUCCGUGGCAAGCGAUGCCUCUCACUUAGGAGUUGCUGGGCUAGACCCCAAAGAGCAAGGAUUUCCUACCAACAAAGCACAAGCUUCUAACCUCCCACUGCAGUGCCAAAUGGGCAACCUAAAAUACUGUCUCUCAGGAGUGGCAUUUUGGACUGCAGGGGGAAGGGGGGGAAGACGAGAAAGUCACAUUCUGCUGAUGAGAAUCCUUCUGUUGGUGGAAAUGCUCCAUGGGAUCUUCCGUCUCCAUCUCCAGCCUUUGUUCCAGCAGUCUAUCCUUAUACUUCAUUCUUUCCAUUUUUUAAAAUGUAAGAAAAAGUCUUUUCUGUCUUUUAAACAUAUGGAUCCCCGAUGUGGUUAUGGGGGAGAAAGCUGAAUAUUUUUUAGCUUAGAUGACAGCAGAAUAGGAGGCUUUUGUUCUUUGUCUGCCAAAAAGAAGCAUCUUGGGCAAGAAUGCAUAGUAAUACCUCACUAUUUUAGUUUCUUUUUAGAAGCAUAUUCUAGGGAGGAAAGAUUGUGUUGUCUCAGUUCAAAGAAAUACUGCAUCUUAUCUGCCUGAUUAUGAAGAUCCCUCAUUUCUAGCAAUCAGCCAUAAUUCUGAUCAUAUAUCAAAGAGGAAUUUUAAAAUGGCCCUUUCAUCACUUACAUUUUUACUGUUAUGAACAAAUGGCCUUUUUAGCAAUUUUCAGCUUGGCAUUGCAAAUUUAAAUCAUGUAUGCUGGAGAAAUUGCAUGGUUCUGGUGUCUUAGAAUCGGAAUACCUUGCUACCAUCCUUGCUGCAUACUUUGUUGUGAGUUGGUCUGGGGGUGAUAGGGAUGACAAACUCAGAGGUGGGAGUAGCCUUCAGUUUUUAUCUAGAUCAGUCGUUUUUGCGAAUUUCCUAGAAAAUGUGGGAGAAGAUGUGACGGGGAACUUGGCCACCAUUACUAAUCUUCUGCAACAUACCUGGGAAUGUUGAAUGAGUGUACGUAGAGCAACAAUGAAGCCCAGCAGGCCUGGAUAUCAUCCUCUGUGAAGCAACCAUGCAUGCACCCACAAAUCCUUUACAACAUGCAAGGGUUCUUUAGUUGUAGGCGCUCCUGAUUGGUAGAAAGUUUGAUAGCCAUUGCUCAAGAACUCCCCUAGAAUAUUCAGAAGGUUCAUGUGGUUCAAUUUCAGUACAAAUGUGUUUUCCCUCCUCCCAUAAAAUAUUUACCAAUAAGAGCACUGUUUGUCAUGACUAUGAGUCUGUAGUGGGGCAUGGAUAGUUCAAGUGGGGCGGAUACAUUUGUUCCAGCACCCCUAUGCGACAAUCACCCAACAACAAUGAAAAAGAAAGCCAAAAAACCUCCAAGAAUGAGUUGAAAUACAUGGUUUUAGACCUUCCUGAUUGCUUUUCUCAUCAUGCUCCAUGUUUUUUUCACUCCCAUUUAAGUCACUGGAUUAAGAUCAGGGCAGUUGGACUAGCCUGCUUUGCCUCCUCAGAGUAGGCACACCUGAGUCUUCUGAGGCCCUUUGCAGGAAGUAAAGGUGACCACGUCUGAACCCUGCAUCCUUUUGCUUCCAUUUGAUUGUAAAUACUGGAAUUCUUGAAAGAAAUGGUUGUUGGACAGGGCAAGGAGGCGAAGAUCUCUUUGGAUCUGGAGGAGAAGGGUUUUUUUCAUGCUGAUUACCUUUGUCCAGCACCUUUAUGUCAUUGCUUAGAUUAGAAUUUGCCCCAGCAAUGUGAAUUGGGCAAUGUGACAGGUCGAAAGAAAUGACUUGUUUGCAUAUCUUUGGGCAAAGAUUUGCGCAUUUAUAGAACAAAAAGAAACCAUUUUUUUAAAUUGGGUGUAUUACUGGAAUGGAGGAGAUAAUCACAGAGUUUAUAAUUAGACUAUGAAAUAGCUCCUCUUUUGAGUUGGCACAAAACGGAAAUAUGAUCUUUUUUGUUGUCCUAGGCCAUAGAUCUUUCCAGCCUAUUUAUUGGUUUGCAUCAUAUCCUGUAGAUUCUUCGGCGCUUGGAGUCGGCAAGCACCUUUGCCUUUUUCAUACACACCUCUGCCCUGCUACUGUCUUUACUAAUUCCCAUCCCUUCUCAUCCUUCCAGUGUUGGUCUACAUUAUGAGUAUAUAAUAUGAAGCCCUGAGCUGUAGGUGUAAAAAGUAACUAUGGAAUGUGAUUUUAGUCCUCUUGUGGAAGCUUUAUUCUUUCUUUUUUUUCCUUUUCUUCCUUUCUCUAUCCCCUUCUCCACUCUUCUUUUGGCUCAGUGGAAAAGGUGAGGACAAAGACUUGCCGCUUGCUUGGAGUCAUGAUGAUGUUACCCGUGACUGCGCUAUUAGCUGUCUCCUCCCUCCCCUUCUCUUCCCCACCCCUCCAAUGGAUAUAAGAUUUUCUGAAGUGUGGAAUUACCUUUCUUGAUAAGUAGGUUUAAAAAAAAAUGCACAACGUGGUACUGUUUCAUAGUUCCUAGAUGGUUGUAUUUAAAAAAAGUUAAUGUGGUUUCUGUGUUUUUAAAGAAAAAAAAACAGUGAUUGGUUUAUUAAUCUGUCCUUUUUCAUUAUUACAAGCUUUGUUUUCCAAUGA